AUGCCACAGCUCCCGGCUGUGACGCCAGGCUGGGGGGAGCACUCAAAUUCCACCCCUAGCUCCAGCUGCAGCGCAGCGCAGUUCUCACUUCCCGGUGAUGCGGCUGGGCGGAAAGCACUCAGUCCCCAGAGGCAAUGCUCCAUCAACGAGGCAGUUCUGCCCAAGGCACUAGAACAGACUCGCAGCAGUUUGGGGCCGCUAACAAGGACUGAGUGUCAGCACGGCAGAUUCAGCCGGACCCGAGCGGACUGCCGAUUAUUUCUAACACCUGAGGUUCCCUACACUCCUGCAGGCAGAAAGACAGAUGGCUGCACCCCAGGAUCAUGGCCACUGAGGAUGCUCCUGGUGGGCAAAUCUGGCUGUGGGAAAAGCGCCACAGGGAACAGCAUCCUCUGCCGACCAGCAUUUGAGUCCAGGCUCGGAGGCCAGUCAGUGACCAGGACCAGCCAGGCAGAGACUGGCACAUGGAAGGGAAGGAGCUUCCUCGUGGUGGACACGCCCCCCACCUUUGAGUCAAAUGCCCAGAACCAAGACAUGGACAAGGACAUUGGAGACUGCUACCUGCUGUGUGCCCUGGGACCCCAUGUGCUGCUGCUGGUCACCCAGCUGGGAUGCUUCACAGCUCAAGACGUUAUGGCUGUGAGGAGGGUGAAGGAGGUCUUUGGGGCAGGAGUCAUGAGGCACGUGAUUGUCCUCUUCACCCGCAAAGAGGACCUGGUCGAUGAGACCUUGGAUGAGUUUGUGACCCACACUGACAACCACAGCCUGCGCAGUCUGGUCCAGGAGUGUGGGAGGAGGUACUGUGCCUUCAAUAACAGGGCCUCUGGGGAGGAGCAGCAGGGGCAGCUGGCAGAGCUCAUGGCCCUGGUGAGCAGGGUGGAACAGGAGUGUGAGGGCUCCUUCUACAGCAAUGACCUCUUCCUCUAUGCCCAGGUGCUCCUGAGAGAAGACCACAGUGAACAGCAGGAAGCCCGCCGGUGCUACCUGGCCAUAGUGAGGCAGGAGGUGGAGAAGCAGAGGCAGCAGCUGGGGGAGCAGCCAUGCAGCUGGGUCCCCAAGGUGCUGCUCAGAGGCAAAGAGUGGCUAGCCUUUCACUGGGAGGAUUCUGGUGUGGUCCAGGCUUCUAUGCUCAGCUCCAAGGAUGUCUGGUCUACACAUCCGCUUCUCUUUACCAGCAACAGAUUCAGAAAAGAGCCUGCAGGCCCAGCCAACCAAUGA